AUGCUGUCCAUGGUGCUGAUUGCAAUGGGGGCUCUGGCACUCAGUGCCGUGCCGGUGUUCACUCAGAACGACACGGAGCCCAUAGUCCUAGAAGGCAAGUGCCUGGUGGUUUGCGACUCCAACCCGACCGGUGACUCCAAGACAUCGUCCUCCUCCCCGCUUGGGAUUUCUGUCCGCGCUGCGAACUCCAAAGUGGCAUUUUCCGCCGUCAGGAGCACCAACCACGAACCAUCUGAGAUGAGCAACAAAACUCGGAUCAUUUACUUUGACCAGAUUUUGGUGAACGUGGGAAAUUGUUUUACUCUGGAGUCAGUCUUUGUAGCUCCAAGAAAAGGCAUUUACAGUUUCAACUUUCACGUUAUCAAAGUAUACCAGAGUCAGACGAUCCAGGUCAAUCUUAUGCUAAAUGGUAAACCAGUAAUUUCAGCCUUUGCUGGGGAUAAAGAUGUGACUCGUGAAGCUGCUACUAAUGGAGUCCUGUUGUAUUUAGACAAAGAAGACAAAGUAUAUCUGAAACUGGAGAAAGGUAACCUGGUUGGAGGAUGGCAAUAUUCAACGUUUUCUGGCUUCUUGGUUUUCCCUCUGUAA